GAGUGACUGACAAUUGGUGAAGAGUUGUCAAAUGAAUUUUUGAUGUCAGCGACAACAAACGAAAACUUGAUAAUUUUCAUUAACUUAUCGCUUGUGAGCAAACCCAAGAAAGGUAGAGGGAGGUCAUUAUUAGAAAACCUUAAUAUGCUAAAACAUUGACAUGCUGUCAGCGCCCUACUGUUAAAACAACGGCGUAUUGUUUAAUGAUUAUUCAAACAUGCCCGCCCAACCGCCCAUGUCCAAUAAUUAGAAGUCAAAGUUAGAGACACACCUUAGAACAAUCAAUCCCCAAAGCCAUUUCUUUGCCAGUAUUUGGCCAAUAUGGAGCGGUUACAACAAUCCUUUGGUGGGCUCCCUGGUUUUUCUAACGCUUUCCGGACCACAGGCUUCCGCUCCAAGAUCUGGCUUAUGUUGGGUACCCUGGGGCUAUUCCUUACGUUCAACCGAUUAAACAAUGUUCUUGAAGAGUUUCAAGAAGGUCCAGUUUUGACUCAGGUUUGGAUGAUGAAACAUUUUAUCGCUUGUAUGUCUUGAGUUGAGCCAUUCAUCGUCUUCUUAACGAAUGUUUGAACCCAUUAAUUUUGCUAGCUCUUGCUCAUAUUUCCAAACGAUAAAAAUAUAAUGUCCAAUUUGUACUGUUCAUUUUUUGCAUUUUUUAUCAAGGAAGAUGCAACUCGAUUUAUGAUCGAUUGUGUUGGUAGUACUUAUUGGUGUCAAUAGGAGGUUUGAAAAAGGCCAAUAGAAUAUGUAUGGACAUGCUAAGGACGAAUAGUCGUACUUUUAAUAACCUUUUCCUUACUGAGAGGGGUCGUUUAGAGGCAAACUGAUUUCCAGUCGCCAAAGUUUGCCUCUUGAAUUUUCAUUAUGGGUGGCAAACAAAUUGUAUUUUCUCUCGCCAUUAACAAAACAAAAGGACUCCUUAAAAUGUGUUUCAAAUUUCAUAAUUCAUAAUCACAUAUCUGGCCUUUUUAGGUGGAUUUGAAAACUAUUUCUGAGUCCAGCGCAUUCCCAGCAGUUACUCUCUGUACUCUGAAUCAAAUCAGCUGUGACAUGGCCUUUCAAAUACAUAACUUAUUGAAAAAUAAUAGCGGUCUAGAUCAUGAACAAAUUCAAGGAGAGCUGCCCAAAGUUUGUCGCCUGUUUAAAAUGGCCGGAUGUCUAACCAAUUGUUCCGAUGGAGAUCAGUUUCUGAACUAUAACUUUGAUGAUCUAUACAACUCUCUAUUGGGCUUCACCAAAAUAGUCAUUGGCGAAUCUAUGGAAUCAACUAUCCAUGAGUUUAAAUAUGCCAAUGAUAAUCAAAACUUUAGCAAUUUUUUUGCAUAUUACUUGCCGAAGACUGGUGUUUGCUUUCACUUCAACUUCAAAGGGUUGGUCAAGGAAGCUGGAGUGGGGCAAGAAAAUGGAAUGGCAUUGCUUAUUCGGCUCAAUUCAGAUCCCAAGCUUCGAGAGGGUAUUCAAGAAGGAAAACAUGGAUUAACCUUGACUAUUCAAAGACCUUUGUCAUUUCCAACCUUGACGCUUAAUCGACUCGAUUUGGAACCAGGCAUGGCACAUCUUAUUCCGUUGAACCGAGGUUCUUGGAAUUUUAAAAAGAAUUGCAUUUCAAAUUGGAGCCAAGCUAAAGUGGAGACUUUUAAGAAAAAGGUGGUGAUUGAUCUUUUCGCUAAUAUUCACUACGAUCAAAACGUGUGCAAGCAUUACUGCCAAUUGGAGAGCAUCUAUCAAAAAUGUGGAUGUGUUGCAACUGAACAUGAAAUUCUCGGAGCAGCUCGUCAGUAUAUCUUUUUGGAGGCAAAUGGAAAUCUUGCUCGGUCGUGCUUACUUAAUGAUAGCGCUUGUACGACAACCUCGACCGUGGCUGAUCCCGAAAGCACAUGUGGGUGCAUAUUAAGUUGUACAGAGGUGACUUUUGACAUUCUACACUCGCAAGGUAAAUGGCCCGCAGAUGGAUCCUGGAAACAGAUUGCCAAGCGUUUUGGAAUAACUCGGCCAAUUGUUAUGGCCACGGAUAUGAUCAACUUUGAGGAGGUGGAUAUCGAGAAGUAUACGGACUUUCUGUGGCGGAGGAAAGUGGACACCUCAGUCAUGAAGAUCAACAUUUUUAUCCGCUCAAAAGAGAGCCUCGAGUUUUCUGAAAAGGACAAGUACGAGUCGUAUUGGGAAUUUCUGGCCAAGAUGGGAGGCUCCAUGUCGGUAUUCAUGGGUCUUUCUUUUGUGGCCGUUAUUGAAGUGUGGGGAACCUAUUUGGUUUGGAUUUGGUCUGUUGUUUCUUGCAAAAUGUGUAGAAAGAAGAAGACGAAAGAGUUAUUCAAUUAAUCGCCAUUCCACAAGCCUUUCUAUGUGGCCAAAUCGACAUCUUUUUUUGGCCAAAACAAAGAUUGAGGUUUUGUCAAUCAGUUGACGCUUUGCUUUAUGAAUAUUUUUUUACAUAUUCACACAUAACAUAGAGGAAAAGUUUGUAAGUUUACCUUGAUCCAACACGGUUUCUAUAAAAGUCUUCAGAAGUGCAAAAUGUAUCAACCUAAAGAUUCAAAAUGUUUGUCUUCGUCCACCAAAAGUUGAAGAAAAAAGUCUGAAAAAUGAA